AAAAAAAAAAAUGCAAAUGGAGAAGUCAUUACUCGAAUUUCAUAACCAAAAAUCCGAUUUUUCUAAUGAUCCAUGCUUUUCCAAAUUCAUAUAAACGGAUAGCAUUAUAGAGAGUUGUUUGUUACAAUCAUUAAUACUUUUAUUUAUUUAUUAUUAUUAUUAUUAUUAUUAUUCCCCUCAAUUUCAGAUAUUACUCAUCAAUUAUAGGAUCAUUUUGUGGAUUACGAUUAUGUUUGUCAAGAUCCAAUUUUGAAGUCGUAGAUGAUUGGUUCUACAACGCAUCGUUUCUGGGUCGGUGUUUUUUUCCCUUGAUUUUUCUUCAUCCCUCUCCGUUUGAAGUUUUUGGUGUAACAGAUUCUAUUGGCUACUUGGUGCAAAUUUUGUUUGCAACCCUAUUAUUGAUUGAUUGAGUUGAGAAGGAUCUGAUUGUAAUCUUGUGUAAAUGAGGGAUUUUGAUCAGAAUUGGACGGAACUUUGUGUUUGAUUUUCCUGUUUGAUCAUCUGGGUUCCUUUGAUUUGUUUGAUUGAUUGGUUAAAGAAUUUAGGUUUUUUAAUUUGGGGUUAAAGUUUUCAUGACCUUUUGAGUUGGCAUUUUUGUAUCAAGCUUUUUUCAUUUUUCUUUUAUGAGCUUUUUUUGUCUCUCCUGGUUGUUAUAAGGUGACUUGUUCCAUCAUUCAUUUACUUGGACUUUGGUUUGUUUGAAAUUUAUUGUUGAGUUAUGUUGUAGUUAUUGUUUAGUAGUGAAGAGUGAUUUUGUAGGAGCUGAAUUGUUGAGUUGUUAAGAGAAAUAGGGUUCUUUUAUUGAUAAUUAGAAUUCAACAAGUUUCAAUAGAGGUGGUAAUUGAUCUUUUUCCGAGCGUGGAUUUGGAUUUCAAUGAUGAAGUUGUUGUAUAGAACCGCAAUCUGCCUUGUUGUGGUUGGGGAUUGUUUGUGGAUGUAGAAGAGGCGGAUUUCAGAAUUUUAGGGUUUGUAAUUGAGUUGUGACUUACAAGUAUAGCGGCUUAGUAUCUUCAAGGUUGGCUAUUCUUGAUUAGUUCGCUAUUCUGAAAUGGUUUGUUAGAAUUGGCAAAUGGGAGAAUCAUGAUGAAUGCAGAAGCUAGGUUGUUUGUCAAUGGAUGCAAUAGACAAGACCUUUUCUGAACUUGUCAGUAUCAUUAAAUCAUGGAUUCCCUGGCAAUCUGAGCCAGCAAACGUGUCUAGGGAUUUUUGGAUGCCGGAUCACAGUUGUAGAGUAUGCUACGAGUGUGAUUCCCAGUUUACUAUCUUUAAUCGCAGACACCAUUGUCGUCUUUGUGGACGAAUUUUCUGUUCCAAGUGUACAACAAACUCGGUUCCUGCCCCAUUUAGCAGCCAAAGGAAUUCUUGGGAUGAGUCGGAAAAGAUUCGUGUGUGCAAUUACUGUUACAAGCAAUGGGAGCAGGGUAUAGUUACUUUUGAUAACGGUGGUCAGGUUUCCAAUCUCGAACGAACAAUGUCAACGUCGAGCGUGGCUAGCAGUAAAACCAGUGCCACCGCUAACAGUAGUAACAUUACUAUUUGCUCCAUGCCUUAUUCAGUUGGAUCUUAUCAACAAAUCCAACAGGGUUCAUGUGUGAACCUACAUCAAUCACCUAUGAGGGGAAAAGAUACUGAUAGGGAAGGUUUAUCAUCAGCCUUAGGAGGGAGGAAUAUUGAUCUUGUAGCAGACCUAGGGGACCCUUUACCAAAGCAAUAUGGCUUCUCAUCGAACAGGAGUGAUGAUGAUGAGGAUGAGUAUGGUGUAUAUCGGUCAGAUUCUGAUAUGAGGCAAUAUCCUCAAGUGAGUAGCUACUAUGGACAAGCUGUGCUUGACGGGAUAAGCAACAUUGAUGGCUCACCGAAAGUGCAUCCCGACGGAGAAAACAUUGAUGCAAAACUUUCAAACUACAAUUUUGAUGCACAGAGUUUGGAGGGAACACCAGUUAUUUCAAAGAAUGAAGAUGAACCAGAUAUCUGUGAUGAAAAUGAAGCACCUUCCUCGUUAUAUGUUUCAGAGGAUGUUGAUGCUGAACCUGUUGAUUUUGAAAAUAAUGGACUUCUGUGGCUCCCUCCGGAACCAGAAGACGAAGAAGAUGAUCGGGAAGCGAUUCUUUUUGACGACGACGAUGAUAAUGAGGGGAACAGCACCGGAGAGUGGGGUUAUCUGCGCAAUUCAAGCAGUUUUGGAAGUGGGGAGUCUCGACACAGAGAUAGGUCAAAUGAGGAGCACAAGAUGGUAAUGAAGAAUGUAGUUGAUGGGCACUUUAGGGCAUUGGUAUCUCAGCUGUUACAGGUAGAGAACCUACCGGUUGAAGACAAUGACAAAAACAGUUGGUUGGAAAUAAUCAUAUCUUUGUCAUGGGAAGCUGCUAAUUUACUGAAACCAGAUAUGAGCAAAGGUGGAGGGAUGGACCCGGCUGGUUAUGCUAAAGUCAAAUGCAUAGCAUGUGGGCACCGCAUUGAAAGUGUGGUGGUUAAAGGAGUUGUUUGUAAGAAAAAUGUUGCUCAUCGGAGAAUGAGGUCAAAAGUGGAUAAACCUCGCUUGUUGAUCCUUGGAGGGGCUCUUGAAUAUCAGCGUGUAACCAAUCUCUUGUCUAGUGUAGAUACCCUAUUGCAGCAGGAAAUGGACCAUCUGAAGAUGGCAGUGGCAAAGAUAGCUUCACACCAGCCAAAUAUCCUUCUGGUAGAGAAAUCGGUUUCUCGAUAUGCACAGGAAUAUCUUCUUGCCAAAGACAUAACUCUGGUUCUCAAUGUAAAGAGACCGCUUUUGGAGCGCAUAGCACGUUGCACAGGCACUCAAAUAGUGCCUUCAAUUGAUCAUCUUUCGUCACAAAAGUUGGGUUUCUGUGAAACAUUGCGUGUUGAAAAGUUUCUUGAAGACCUAACUGGUGCUGGUCAGGGUGCGAAAAAAACAGUGAAAACAUUGAUGUUUUUUGAAGGUUGCCCAAAACCAUUAGGUUGCACAAUUUUACUUAGAGGAGCUGACAUGGAUGAACUGAAAAAGGUAAAGCAUGUGGUUCAGUAUGCAGUUUUUGCUGCAUACCAUUUGGCUAUGGAAACAUCUUUUCUUGCUGAUGAAGGAGUCUCCUUGCCGGAACUUCCAUUAAACAGUCUGGCCCUUCCAAAUAAAGCAUCAUCCAUUCAAAGGUCCAUCUCAACGGUUCCUGGUUUUAGUGUUCCCGGCAAUGAAAAGUCUCAGGGCCAAGAACCCAACACUGAACCACGGAGAACCAAAAGUGUCACAAUGGCUGAACUAUCCUUAUCUAUUGGUUCUUCUCAAUCUACGCCACCUGGAUCAGAUCUUAACCAUUCAACUGCCUUGUACUCCACCAUUGUUGCUUCAGGAGAUGAAAUUCCCGAUCCAUACCGCACGAAGCUUCUUUUGUGCACGAAUAAAGAGAGAAAUGAUACGGACUCUAAUCAACCUUCGGUGAAAGGAACUUCUAUGGUGGAUAACACUCCGGUAGUCAUGGAUGAUCCCUUUGCAAAUGAUUCUGAAAGUGCAGAGAAAAUAUAUCAAGGCAUUUUAGCUUCAAAUACUCGAAAUGGUCAUAGCCAAAUCUAUGCAAAUCAAUUAAGUGCUUCAGAGUCGUUAUCUCCAAAUUAUGCUCAAAACCAUACUGUAAUCACAUAUGAAGAACCAGUUCCUCAAAAAGAAGAGUUUCCUCCAUCUCCCUCUGACCAUCAAAGCAUUUUGGUGUCUUUGUCCUCCCGGUGCGUAUGGAAAGGAACUGUGUGUGAGAGGUCGCAUCUAUUUCGAAUUAAAUACUAUGGAAGCUUUGACAAACCAUUGGGUCGGUUUCUGCGGGACCAUUUAUUUGAUCAGGGUUAUCGAUGUCAUUCUUGUGAUAUGCCAUCGGAAGCACAUGUGCAUUGUUAUACUCAUCGACAGGGAACGCUUACCAUAUCAGUCAAGAAACUACCAGAAAUUAUCCUUCCUGGUGAAAGGGAGGGAAAGAUUUGGAUGUGGCAUAGGUGCUUGCGGUGUCCAAGAAUCAACGGCUUUCCUCCUGCCACACAGAGAAUAGUAAUGUCUGAUGCUGCUUGGGGUUUAUCGUUUGGAAAAUUUUUAGAGCUCAGUUUCUCAAACCAUGCUGCAGCCAGCAGGGUGGCAAGCUGUGGCCAUUCUCUUCACAGAGAUUGUCUUCGUUUUUAUGGAUUUGGGAAAAUGGUUGCUUGUUUUCGAUAUGCAUCAAUUGAUGUUCACUCAGUCUACCUUCCACCACACAAACUGAAUUUUGAUUAUGGGAAUCAGGAUUGGAUACAGAAAGAAUCCAAUGAGGUGGUCAACCGAGCAGAGCUUUUAUUCUCUGAAAUACUCAAUGGUCUUAGUCAAAUUGGAGAGAAAAGAUCUAGCGCAGCCCAAACCAGUAGCGGCCAGAAAACACCUGAAUUAAGACGCCAAGUUGCUGAACUGGAGGGGAUGUUGCAAAAGGAGAAACUGGAAUUUGAGGAAACUCUUGAAAAGAUUAUGAACCAAGAAAAGAGAAAUGGGCAACCUGGGAUCGACAUUCUGGAAAUUAAUCGAUUGUGGAGGCAGUUGCUUUUCCAAUCAUAUAUGUGGGAUAACCGCCUUAUUUAUGCAGCCAGCUUAUCUAAUUCCAACAGUGAAACUUGUUCAAUUUCAGAGGAUAAGGAAAUACCUCCUAUAGAUGAAAGUUUGACGACUGCGGUCUCCUUGGCAGGAAGGGGAUUCAGUAGUGUUGACUCCAUUCACAGCGAUCCAACGCAGUCAGAUGCAUUUCAUCAAGAAAUCGACAUGGCCAAAAAUAAGCAAAACGAGAAAGAAGAACAACCUAAUCUUUCGAGCAGCAAAAGCAUAAAUGAUCAAUCUGACCUUUUAGAACUUGAAUGGGGUGUUCGCAGAGCUCUCUCUGAAGGGCCAUUUCCUGUCGUACCUAGUUUGUCUGAUACACUUGAUGCAAAAUGGACAGGUGAAAACCACUCAGGAAUUGGAACUCAAAAGGAAAGCACUUCCGUAAUUAACCUUGAUAUAUCUAUGGCAGAUGCUUUGACGACCACUACACAAAGAGAAACAUACUAUCUCGGAGAUCGCAUGGAAGACCAGAAUGGCUCCAAGAGUAUCUAUUCUGCUUCUAAAGGUCAUGAUAGUAUGGAAGACUCUUUAAGUUGGUUAGGAAUGCCAUUUGUAAACUUCUAUCGCCAAUUUAACAAGAAUUUGUUUGCUAGUAGCCAGAAGUUUGAAACACUGGUCGACUAUAAUCCUGUUUUUGUAUCAUCUUUCGGGAAGCUGGAACUCCAAGGUGGGGCAAGGAUGCUUCUUCCGAUUGGUGUUAAUGAUACUGUAAUUCCAAUAUAUGAUGAUGAACCCUCGAGUAUUAUAGCAUAUGCCUUGAUGUCACCAGAAUAUCAUUCCCAAUUAUUGGAUGAAGGAGACAGACCAAAAGAAGGUUCUGAGUUGGCCUCAUCAUAUUUUUCUGAGUCUGGUGCUUUCCAGUCGUUUUCAUCUGCUGACGACAAUGCUUUUGAUUCUCAGAAAAGUUUUGGGUCGAUAGAGGAUAUGAUAUUGUCCAUAUCUGGUUCUCGUAACUCGUCUAUAUUGGACCCGGUGUUGUAUACAAAAGCUAUGCAUGCAAGAGUUUCCUUUGGAGAAGAUGGUCCCCUUGGCAAGGUAAAAUAUUCUGUGACUGGUUACUAUGCGAAGCGAUUUGAAGCCUUAAGAAGAGUCUGUUGUCCUUCAGAGCUCGACUAUAUAAGGUCUCUGAGUCGAUGUAAGAAAUGGAGAGCUCAAGGUGGGAAGAGUAAUGUAUUCUUUGCAAAAACCUUGGAUGAUCGAUUUAUCAUCAAACAAGUUACCAAAACCGAGCUCGAAUCAUUCAUAAAAUUUGGUCCCGAAUACUUCAAGUACCUUUCUGAAUCCAUAGGAACUGGAAGUCCAACAUGCCUGGCCAAGAUUCUUGGCAUAUACCAGGUUACGUCGAAGCAUCUUAAAGGAGGUAAAGAGUCAAGGAUGGAUGUUUUGGUUAUGGAGAAUCUUCUAUUUAGGAGGACUGUGACACGACUUUAUGAUCUCAAAGGAUCUUCCAGGUCUCGGUAUAAUCCAGAUAGUACAGGGAAAAACAAAGUUCUUCUGGACCAGAACUUGAUUGAAGCAAUGCCAACUUCUCCUAUUUUUGUCGGAAACAAGGCCAAAAGAUUGUUAGAAAGAGCUGUCUGGAAUGAUACUGGUUUUCUUGCAUCAGUUGAUGUAAUGGACUAUUCAUUACUUGUUGGUGUGGAUGAAGAGAAACAUGAGUUAGUUCUUGGAAUAAUUGAUUUCAUGAGGCAAUAUACAUGGGACAAACAUCUUGAAACAUGGGUGAAAGCUUCAGGAAUCCUUGGAGGACCAAAGAACACAUCACCAACAGUUAUAUCACCAAAACAAUACAAGAAAAGGUUCAGAAAAGCAAUGACCACUUACUUUCUCAUGCUUCCAGAUCAGUGGUCUCCUCCAUCUCUUAUUCCUAGUCUUUCUCAAAGUGAUUUAUGUGAAGAAAACAAUACAACACAACAGUCUAGGACUUUAGCUGAAUGAUUCUUUCUUUCAUGUGUUUUUGUAAAUUUUACUACUUUCAUUUUGGGAAUAAUCAAUUCCCCCUAUAUUUUUUUGUUUGUUUUUGGUUUUGCAAUUAUAUAUAGGAAUUCUUUUGGUUGAAUUGUAAUUUGGUCAUAUCAAUUAUUUGUUAGAAGAUACACACAAAGGGGGCUUGUUAGAAGCCACAUGGUGUUUGUCUGGGGUAAUAGUAUUUGAUGACCUCUGGAUGAAAAUCUAUGUACAAAAAACAUAUAGUCAUGUUUUCAGCAUCAAGUUAUAUACAUGUAUAAUUUUUCAGACUUGCUUUUGAGUUAUCUCAAA